CACGACGACACAACAAAUACUAGCGACUGGAGUCCAGAUGGGUACUCACUUUACGCCAAAUUUCAGCAGCCGUUGGAGGAAGGACGCCCUUCGCCCGUCUUACGCAGACUUCAUGCUCCAAACUCGACAGACAUUGCUCGUGACUGUUACGAGUAUUGCUCCUUCACGACAGAAGAGCCUGUACCAUUCUAUUUCCAAUGGGCAGAGGUGUCAAAGAGUUGUUCCUGUUUUGGAUCCCAUGUAACACUUGUCUGGGAAUCUACUUCAUCCGUGUACCGCGUAAUCCGGAAAGCAAAGCUUGGAAGCUUGUCACAGGAGCAACAGCUUAUUGCGGAUGUAUGGAAACUUGUGGACGGGAUGUUCUUCGACAGAACCUUUAAUGGACAGCCUUGGCUCACCGUGUUACAGAAUUCUAUCAGAAAAGAUUAUGCUUCGAUGGAGGAGGCUUACAACGCUACGAGGGUAUGCUAUGCUAGAUUUGCUUCAGGAUAAUUACACAAGAUUCCUUUCACCGAGUGAAUACAUGGAGUUUCAAGUCGAUACACUUGAGAAAGAAUUUGCAGGUGUCGGUGUCCGCAUGCAAAAUGUACGUCACAUGCAAAAUGUCCAAAUCAAGCACAUCAUUUUACCUCUUCUCGGCCUUUCAACGAUAUCCUAGGCCACUAUCGAAAUAGUCUUAGAAGGACCAGCCAAAAAGGGUGGCGUGAAGCCUGGUGACAUAGUACUGUCUGUAGAUGGUCAAUCAACCGAGAAUUUGACAACAGAAGUCAUCGUACAGCUGCUUAGGGGGCCUCCAGAGACAAACGUCUGUAUGGAUAUUCUCUCAGUCGCCAAUGGAGUCAUCCAAGAACUUUGUCUAGUUAGACAGUCUGUUGAAAAUCCUUCUGUAUCCGCUUCCGUGGAGGAAUUUGGUGGUGAUAAGUAUGGUAUCUUGAAAGUUGACAGGUUCAGUACAACUACCGCCGAUCUUAUCGAACGAGCGCUUAAAACAUUCUAUGAAAACAUCCGAUUCAUAGUAUUAGAUCUCAGAGGUAAUGCAGGUGGACUACUUGAUAGUGCUAAAAAUGUGAGCAGCUUGUUUUUGCCGAAGUCCACGAUAAUUUAUUCCGAAAUUGAUCCCUUCACGUCAAAAAUCGUCCGAAGCGAUGCCGACGGUAUAGAGAUAUCUAUACCUAUCUUAAUUUUGGUCAACAAGCAAUCCGCUUCAGCUUCAGAGAUCGUUUCGGCAGCACUACGCGAAAAUAAGCGAGCAAAAAUCGUGGGAGAACGCACUUUUGGCAAGGGGGUCGCGCAAUCUGUAGAAGAAGUGACCAAUGGUAGUGCAGUCAAAAUUACGACAUCAAAAUGGCUUACACCGCUUGGAAAUGAUGUCAACAACGAAGGAAUUGACGUAGACAUUCCCAGCACGUGCAGCGAGAGUGAUUCAGUCCUUGUCUGCUUGAAGGAUUACCUGGAAUCUCUCAAUGAAUAAUGCAAUCUGGCAUUCAAAAAGCGACGUGGAAUUUCAGAUUUGAUGAGGAUUUAAGAACCACUCGUAUAAGAACCACUCGUACAGUGGAUAGGCAUGAAGUAAUGGGAGAUUUCCGGCGUCGAUAAGUCCACUGCCAGGCAAAAAUGCGGGAAACAUAUCACUUCUUAGACGUAAGAGCCAAG